AUGGUGGUGGAACAGAAAAUAGAGCUGAGCAACAUGGUGGCCAGACUGAAAGACAGCGACGAGCAACGGUUUGACCAGGCAGAUGAGCAAUGGUUUGAGCUUAGGCUGACCAAGAAGGAGAUGGAGGAGCUGAAGACCGAGAAUACAGCUGAAUUAUCAGGCAUGGGGGCCAGAGUGACAGCCAGUGAGAAGGAGGAGCAGAAAAAGGAAGUGAGCAUCACUAAGAUUGAACUGCAGCUCCAAAAGAACAAAGUGGAUGAGCUGGAGAGAGAGAAUGCAGCCCUGAAAGCCAGAGUGACAGCCAGUGAGAGAGAGGUGGAGGAGCUGGAGAGAGAGAACACAGCCCUGAAAGCCAGAGUGACAGCCAGUGAGAGAGAGGUGGAGGAGCUGGAGAGAGAGAACGCAGCCCUGAAAGCCAGAGUGACAGCCAGUGAGAGAGAGGUGGAGGAGCUGGAGAGAGAGAACGCAGCCCUGAAAGCCAGUGACAGUCAGUGAGAGAGAGGUGGAGGAGCUGGAGAGAAAGAACGCAGCCCUGAAAGCCAGUGACAGCCAGUGAGAGAGAGGUGGAGGAGCUGGAGAGAGAGAACGCAGCCCUGAAAGCCAGAGUGACAGCCAGUGAGAGAGAGGUGGAGGAGCUGAAGACUGAGAACAUAGCCAGACCAAAGAUGGCCUUCUUCUGCUAGUUUGGCUCAUUUAGGGUAUGUAGCAGUGGCGUAGGCAGAAAUCCGUUGAUGGCAGGGCCAGCAAAGAUUUAGGUGGGACAACAUUUAGGCACUCAAAUUAUCAUUAUCAAAAAAGCAUAGCCUACCCUAUACCGUACUGUAAUCGAUCACACACAACAAACCAUCUAAUGUGAUUUCACAUUAGAGACCAAAAUAGUAUUGUAAGCCUACGUAAAUCCAUGACUAAUGCAUUUAACAUGCGACUCACAUAGACCUACACAUAAUAAACCAUAGGCCAAUAUACACUGUGUACAAAACAUUAGGAACACUUUCCUAAUAUUGAGUUGCACCCGCAUUUACCCUCAGAACAGCCUCAAUUCGUCGAGGCAUGGCCUACAAGGUGUUGAAAGUGUUCCACAGGGAUGCUGGCCCAUGUUGACUCCAAUGCUUCCCACAGUUGUGUCAAGGUGGCUGGAUGUCAUUUGAGUGCUGGAUCAUUUUUGAUGCACAUGGGAAACUGUUAAGCGUGAAAAACCCAACAGCGUUGCAGUUCUUGACACUCAAACCGGUGCGCCUGGCACCUACUACCAUACCCUGUUCAAAGGCACUUAAAUCUUUCGUCUUGCCCAUUCACACUAAGAAUGGCACACAUACACAAUCCAUGUCUCAAUUGCCUCAAGGCUUAAAAAUCGUCAUUUAACCUCCUCCCCUUCAUCUACACUGAUUGAAGUGGAUUUAACAGGUGACAUCAAUAAGGGAUCAUAGCUUUCACCUGGUCAUUCUAUGUCAUGGAAAGAGCAGGUGUUCCUAAUGUUUUCUACAGUUAGUGUAUCUUAAUCAAUAGACUAUGAGACUAGAACAUAAUGCCCUGAUAUGACAGUAUUAAUCACAAUACAGGACUACUUUGCUAGCGCUGACUCCGCCGAUAACAUCGACGAGUUAACCACCUCCGUCACAGGCUUCAUUAGGAAAUGCAUCGGCAAUGUUGUCCCAACAGUGAAGGUUCGCCACUUCCCCAAUCAAAAGCCCUGGAAUAACACUGAGGUUGGCGGCGGCGCUAAGCUAAAGGACUACCGCACACAGGGCUAUCGCAGACAACGCUGAGGCAACAGCUGAGAACGACCUCCGCAGUCAUCAAACGAGCAAAAGGACAAAAUAGGAAUAAGGUGGAAUCAAUUUACACAGGUUCCGCCGCCCGCCGCAUAUGGCAGGGGCUACAGUCCAUUACUGAUUACAAAGGAAGACCCAGCCAUGAUCUGCCCAACAAUGCCUCUCUUCCAGACAAACUCAAUAUAUUUUCUGCACGCUUUGAUAAUAACAAAACUGUACCGUGCGUGAGGGCCCACACUGACCCAGAGGACUGGGUGAUCUGGCUCUCCGAGGCCGACGUCAGUAAGAUCUUUAUUCAGGUCAACACUUGCAAGGCCGCGGGGACAGAUGGUAUUCCAGGGCGUGUUCUCAGAGCAUGCGCAGAUCAGCAGAUAACAUGCACAGACAUUUAUACUGACUCUACACACACGCACACACACUCACAUACAAUCAUAAUUUACUCUGCUGAUACUCUAUUUCUCAUAUAUCCUGAUACCUGGUCACCUUUCCCCUAUACAUAUCUACCUCUACCACUCCAGUAUCCCUGCACAUUGUAAAUGACCCUGUAUAUAGCUUCUUACUUUCUCAUGUUCUUCUUAUUUCUUAUUUUUAUUUCACGUGUUUUUGUUUUACCUUAUGUUAUUUUUAGUGCUACAUUGAUAUUGAUUACUGCAUUGUUAGGUUUGGAGUUGCAAGAAAAGCAUUUCACUGUACUUGUACACGUGACAUUCAAACUUGACAUUUGAAACAAUAGGCUUGUCAGCCUCUCAGAUCACUGGCUCAACAACCAGGAGAUAGUAGGCUAGGCGGCCACAAAUGUAACCAUAACACUAGGAGAGCCGAGAGCGUCAUAUUGACUCAAAAUGAAUUUACUUUUUUAAUUACUCUGCCAUUUCUAAAUGUUGUAAUUUUUUCCCCAUGCCGCUGCUUGCGCAGCUGAUGAUGGCCCGUCUAAACUACAACUAAACUAAAUGAUAUUGUAACUAUACUGAACAAAAAUAUAAACGGAACACGUAAAGUGUUGGCCCCAUUUUUCAUGAGCUGAAAUAAAUGAUCCCAGAAAUGUUCCAUACGAACAAAAAGCUUAUUUCUCUCAAAUUUUGUGCACACAUUUCUUUACAUCCCUGUUAGUGAGCAUUUCUCUUUUGCCAUGAUAAUCCAUCCACCUGACAGGUGUGGCAUAUCAAGAAGUUGAUUAAACAGCAUGAUCAUUACACAGGUGCACAUUGUGCUGGGGACAAUAAAAGGCCACUCUAAAAUGUGCAGUUUUGUCACACAACACAAUGCCAUAGAUGUCUCAAGUUUUGAGGGAGCGUGCAAUUGGCAUGCUGACUGCAGAGAUGUCCAACAGAGCUGUUGCCAGAGAAUUUAAUGUACAUUGGAGCUGCCUCCAAUGUCGUUUUAGAGAAUUUGGCAGUACAUCCAACUGGCCUCACAACUGCAGACCAUAAGUAACCACGCCAGCCCAGGACCUUCACAUCCGGCUUCUUCAACUGCGGGAUCAUCUGAGGAGGGGAGGGGAGUAUUUCUGUCUGUAAUAAAGCCCUUUUGUGGCGGAAAACUAAUUCUGAUUGGCUGGGCCUGGCUCCCCAGUGGGUGGACCUGGCUCCCAAGUGGAUGGGCCUAUGCCCACCCAGGGCCACCCGUGGCUGCACCCCUGCCCAGUCAUGUGAAAUCCAUUGAUUAGGGCCAACAGAUUUCUCCUGGAGUUUUAAUUCAAUAGAGUUUUCAGUACAUUUGUCUUAAGCCAUCCCUUUAAAUACGGUGUACAUUUUUAGUUCGUUUCGGACAGACUCACUAGAAUAUAUCGAGAGAACGGGUUCAGAAUAUAGUAGGGGUCAAUGAAAGAAAGCUGUCUAAAUAUAUGCAAAUUUGUCUCCGUUUCAGCACCAAUUGGUAGAUUUGAAUGAUUUAAUGAUUUAGGGAAAGUCUUUAUGAAUCAUAAAAAAAUGGUUUGGAGAGCCUUUAUGCACCGAAUAUAUUGAUGAAUAAAAUAAUACAGUGGUUUGAUUCAUUCUGAAAAUUGCCACAUUCAGUUAUUCAACCCAUGGUAAUGUUGGAAGAUUAGUGUACAUAGAAUUAUAAUAGGGAUAAUAGUUUACAAUAGUAGGCUAUACCCUCAUCUAUUGCCUGCACUAACCAUGGAACUGUGUGAUGAAACAACCAAGUAUUGCGCCAUGUGUCGGGUUCAAACUGUUGCAACUUGGUCUGCACUCCGCUCCAUAACUAUUUAAUUAGCCUUAAAAUAUUAUCAACUGUUACUAAUGAUCCUCAACAACAACCACACGGCGGUGACAGCGUUUACAGCAGAAGCAAAUGAAGGUAAAUUGAAUUAAAUGGAAUGAUAAUGUGGGCUAUACCAACUGAAGGGAACUAACAGUAGUAGUAGUUCUGUGUAGCUCAGUUGGUAGAGCAUGGCGCUUGCAACGCCAGGGUUGUGGGUUCGAUUCCCACGGGGGACCAGUAUAAAAAUGUAUGCACUCACUAACUGUAAGUCGCUCUGGAUAAGAGCAUCUGCUAAAUGACAAAAAAACAAACAGUAAAUUGGCAGUUGAAUAUGUGUGGUUAUUAGGCCUACUGAUGGUUGAUAAUGGCUAAUACAUAUAACAUCAUAGGAAACAGAGAAAGUCCGGGUAGCCUAUAAUUAAGAGAUUGGAAAGUGCCCAUCCCUGCAAGUUCAAAGACAGUACAAAUGAAAUUCUGCAUAAUGGCACAGCAUUUCAUAAAUUUUACUUUGGGAAAGUUUAUAUGUUGAUACAGUAUGCAUCAGUUUGCUGCUAUAUGGCUGGUUUCACAUUUGUCUCCAGCGAUUAUAAGGUGAAAUUGAUCUAAAAUAAGUGUAAUUUAUAUUUACAAUUCCCUUAUCCAAACAGAUUACUAAUUUACCUAGCUCUUAUGGAGAAUGGUGUUAUUUCUAGCGGAAAAGAUUAAGUCGAUGCUUUUCCCACUGGGAACCGGUAGACUCGCUAGACCUUAUUCAUGGUUUCCUCGCGUGUAAAGGUGGUGGAAUUAUUAGGGAAUUAAGUCAAGGUCAGAAUAUGGUGUAUCUGUAGACACAUCUCCGCCACACCUUCAUUUUUUCAAUCUCCACCCCAAACAAAUAGCUGAUGAAUAGCAUGCUAUUCUCAUGCUUAUGUUCAAGGUCAGAAUACACAGAGAGAAAAGUGCAUAAAAACAGAAUGAUGUUCCAUUUACGCAUGCUUAACUCGGGUCGGAAUUCCCGCCUAUGUUCAGUACAUAAUUCAGUCUGAGACUGCCAUCCAUUGAAGUUGUUUGUAGUAAUGUUGAAAUGAGGGGUGUUGUACAAAACAGUAAGUAAUCAGCCAUUACAUAAUCUCUAACCAAUCAGAGUAUCAAAGCAAUGACGAAUUUUCAAAACACCGCUUUACCCACGUGUGUUCUGGCUCUGGCCCAACCCAUCGGUUUCUGGGACCAAUCAGAAUGGUUAGAAUGUGUUUGCGAGGGCCUCCCGAGUGGCGCAGCGGUCUAAGGCACUGCAUUGCAGAGCUAGAGGCGUCACUACAGACCUGAGUUCGAUCCUGGGCUUUGUCGCAGCUGGCCGUGACCGCGAGACCCAUGAGGCGGCGCACAAUUGGCCGAGCAUCGUCCGGGUUAGGGGAGGGUUUGGCCGGCCGGGAUGUCCUUGUCCCAUCACGCUCUAGCGACUCCUUGUGGCGGGCCGGGUGCAUGCACGCUGACUUCGGUCACCAGCUGUACGGUGUUUCCUCCAACACAUUGGUACGGCUGGCUUCCGGGUUAAGCUAGCAGUGCGGCUUGGCAGGGUCGUGUUUCGGAGGACACAUGGCUCUCGACCUUCGCCUCUCCAGAGUCCGUACGGGAGUUGCAGCGAUGUGACAAGACUGUAACUACCAAUUGGAUAUCAUGAAAUUGGGGGGAAAAGUACAAAAAAAGAAGAAAAAAAUAAUGUGUCGGGGUGGUACUCUGAUCCAGACCAGAGAGGAAGAAGCGAAGCGAGAGGGAUAAAUCAGCCCAGAAUCUGUCUUCUCCAGCAGAUGGUGUUUUUUUCGCUCACCAAGCGAGGAGCUUUUGUAUGAAGGUCUGGCUAAUUUUGAUCAAAUAGAAGUUUCGUAAUGCUUAGUUUGUUACGAGUGUACUGACAUAAGUAGGACACGUGACAUCCCGGCAACUUUGAGAAAAAAUACUUUAUAUUGGAGUUGUGCCUGUUCCUCACAGGCAUAUCUGCCCUCUCCUUGGCUAGAAUGGUCCCACCUGAUCUUGCCUCCUCCCGACUGACCUCCAUUUUUUAAGACAUUUAUUUUAAUUGUUAGAGCGGCCCCUUGAGUAUCUGGUCAAUGUAAUGAUUCUACUUCAUACCUUUCAGAUUAUAUCACUUGCGCUCAGUGCAGGUCGAGUAAUAAUAACAACAAAGUCACCGCCAGUUAUUUCUUCUUGCAAAGUUAGCUUUGCCGUAUCGGUAUCGGGCAAGUUGAUUGCUCCGUUUCUCUGAUUGCAUCUUCCCAGGUAGGGUAAACUAAACUCUAGGGUAAACUGAACUCUGUGUGAGUUGUGUAUAUUGUCAGUCUGUCACCAACAGCCUGUGACCUGUGGGUCAGAGCGCGAAAUUCGCCCUCCAAGGCUGUGUGACAGCUCUCUCCUACCCAUCCUUUUUAUCUGAGGAUAUCGGGCUUCCUUGUCUUGUGCUGACUUAUCCCACCAGCUAGUGUGUGUUGGCCACCAUACUUCAGUGCUAACUUUGUCAAGAUAUCCUCCACUGCCGUGCACCUGGCACUAGUCUUCCUUCGACUAUUUAAAACUCGAACGAGUCACUUUCCCUAUAACCGCCUCUCAUAGCGCACACACCGUCUAGGAAGGUUGUUAGCCUAGCCAGCUAUACUACGUGAGAUUCAGACUGCCUCCCCAGGCAUCCCUCUCUCCUGCUAUUACUAGCACGGUAUAAGCUAGCUAGCUUACAAACUCAACCUAGAUGCCACUGUGAGUCGUCAGCUUGGUUUACCAAAAGACAGCCAUUCGUGCGUGUUUCACAUAAAUAAGCCCUUUAAACAUGGUAUCUCUCCUGCUCCAGCCCUGUGGUAGUACCUAGGCUCACCAGCAGUGGCGACCCGUCAUUAAGGGCAGGUGGGGCAGAAUUUUUGUUGUUGCCUGUUUUGCAUGUUAUUUUGGCAUUAAUACAUGUCACGUAUCAGUUUGCAAACAAUGUAAAACAAUUUAUCAUUCAGUUAAUAAAGCCGCAUACAAACAUGGUCUCUUUUUUGCUUUCUUGAGUAAGGCAGCGCCUAAAUGCAGGUGUUUCAGCCUAGCUCAGUGCUUUCUGUGGUGGUGGGGCAGCCAGUGGAAAAUACGGAGCGUAGGGGUUGGUAAUGUUCUCUAGGUGCACCGUGAUUCGCUCAGUGUUCUGUCACUCAUGGGGACACUACGUUACCGCAAAAUCUACGGGUAGAGCUCCAAAAUGCAAGCCCCUUGGGUGCUGCCAUAGAGUUACAUUACAAGUGCCCAUCCAAGGACCUCCCGAGUGGCGCAGCAUCGCAGUGCUUGAGGUAUCACUACAGACCCGGGUUUGUCCCAGGCUGUGUCACAACCGGCCGUGACCGGCAGUCCCAUAGAGUGGUGCACAAUUGGCCCAGCAUCGUCCGGGUUAGGGGAGGGUUUGGCCGGGGGGAUUUACUUGGCUCAUCAUGCUCUAGCGACUCCUUGUGGUGGGCCGGGCACCUGCAGGCUGACUUCAGUCGUCAGUUGAACGGUGUUUCCUCUGACACAUUGGUGCAGCUGGCUUCCAGGUUAAGCGGGCAGAUGUUAAGAAGCGCGGUUUGGUGGGUCGGAGGAUGCAUGACUCGACCUUCGCCUCUCCCAAGCCCAUUAGGGAGUUGCAGUGAUAAGACAAGAUCGUAAUUGGAUCGCAAUUGAAUAUCAUGAAAUUAGGGAGAGAAAGGGGGUGAAAUACAAAAAGAAUUCAAGAAGUGCCCAUCCAAGAAGGCUCAAGGUCAUUGGCCACAAUUAAAAUGACGUCAAAUCACGUUAUAUCUACCAUAGCUUUGAUUGGACUGAUCAUGUCAACAUCAUACUUUCAAAAUCUUAGCUAGCAAGCUAGGAGUCAUCAUCAUGAAUCAAGUCGACAAUCUACUGGCAAAUCUUUUUCAAUACUUAUCAUAUGAAAAUAAAUUAUGAAGAUAAAUUAUAGAUAGAACAUAUCGGUGCUCAUCGGCAAUUGGACAUAAACAUUACACAAGUUGGAAAUCGCAAAUUCAACAAUGAGGGGUUUGGAAGGAAUCAGGCUAACUGCAAGCAUUGCAAAGCAAUCACUAGCUUGCUAUUCAGUGGAGUGGGUGUGUGGUCCAAGUCUAGGUUUAAGGGUCUAUUUUCCAAGCUUAAAAGGAUAAACAUUCAACAUUGGCCAUGCUGUCAAUCCAGCAUGACUUCUGCUGCGUUCAAAACAACUGGAAACUCGGAACUGGGAAAUCUCAGACUUCAGUGAGUUCAAGACAACUGGGAGCUCUGGAAAAAAAAGAGCUUUGACUGGGAAAAACGCUUUGAACGGUCAUCCAAUUCGGAAUUCCACGUUUCUAGAACUCCAACAUGAAGAUCACUGACGUCAUGAUUCGACUUAGUUUUUUUCAGAGUUCCCAGUUGUCUUGAAAGCACCAUAAAUCCAGAGAAUGUCAGACUUUGAUGACAAAGUUUGAUGACAAAAUUUGCAGAUGAAGGACCACUGCACCACCUUCCUGUUCAAGUGAGCACAGCACAACAAGAUGAGUUCAAAAAUGUCUUAAUUGCUGCUGCCAGGGAGAUAUGUAUACUGUAGGUAAGAAAGUAAUACUAAGUGUAUGUUGUGUAGUAAGCUGUUAGUAGCCCAUGUGCCUCACCCUAAUAAUUUGGUCCCUUUUCCCCUCAUAACUUAGCCUACUGUUCUGACUUUGUGUUGCACAUGUAGCCUAUAGCCUGUUUUAGAGAAAUGUAAUCAUCGAAUAUUAUAAGAGCUUUCAUUGACUGCUUAUAUGCCCCCUUUAUUUAUCCUAUGGUUCUGACUUGGUAUACAGGGAGAAUAAUAUAAGAAUGGCCCAUGUUCUGAAUUCUGUCACUGUACAUUUCAAACAUCCUUCUGGAACAGCGGGGACUGUGAAGAGACACACACACAGGUACAUACACACAUACAUAUAGACACUCAUCCUACACACACGUACACAUGGAUGUUGUAUUGUAAAUAUGUGAUAGUGGAGUAGUGGCCUGAGGGAACACACUAAAUGUAUUGGGUAAAGUGUUAUGAUAAAUUGUAUAUAACUGCCUUAAUGUUGCAGGACCCCAGGAAGAGUAUCUGCUGUCUUGGCAGCAGCUAAUGGGGAUCCUUAAUAAAUACAAAUACAAAGUGAUGAACAAAUAGUUAUAUUGACUAUGUCCAUCCUAGCUCACUCAUUAAUGUCUUAAUCGAAAUCACGGAUUGCCUCUUAUCACCUCCUUGUCCCUUUAUGCCAUAGUUUGUACAUCUCAAUUGUCAGUAAAAACCACAUUUGUUUAAGCAAGUCAGCCAUAUCAGCAAUGUUUUUUUAAAAGGCAGUAAAUGAGGCUGAAUGAACUGUUUCGCUGCCAGACAAGGCUCCGCUGAUAGCCAGGUAUAGCAGUGGUAAGGUGUUGGGACAGCUUUAUGUAGGCCUAACAGUUUGAGGGCACCGUUUGUCAUCGUUAUAGUGCAAUUAAUGUAUUGUUGUGUUGUGUAGUGGCUUUGCUGGCAUGCAUCCCAAAAUUAUUUUUUGAGUUUGCCCCACCAAUUUACAUGCUAAAAUCGCCACUGCUCACUAGAAAUGAUUUUGCGGUUGCUGUACAACUCCCACCAUAUUAUUGUAGCUCUCUACCUUUACUGUGUAUUGUGGUAGCUGCUGUAAUAGUCUCUGGUUACUAUUGUAUUAGUUAAUUUGAUUAAUUAGUAUAUUUGCACAAGAGUAUACAAAACAUUAGGAACAUCUGCUCUUUCAUUUUUUUUUUUUUACAUUUUAGUCAUUUAGCAGACGCUCUUAUCCAGAGCGACUUACAGCUAGUGAGUACAUACAUUUUCAUACUGGCCCCCCUGGCAAUCGAACCCACAACCCUGGCGUUGCAAGCGCCAUGCUCUACCAACUGAGCUACACGGGGCCUUUCCAUGACAUAGACUGACCAGGUGAAUCCAGGUAAAAGCUAUGAUCCCUUAUUGAUGUCACUUGUUAAAUCCACUUUAAUCAGUGUAGAUGAAGGGGAGGAAUAUGUUAAAGAAGGAUUUUUAAGCCUUGAGACAGUUGAGACAUGGAUUAUGUAUGUGUGCCAUUCAGAGUGUGAAUGGGCAAGACAAAAGAUUGAAAUGCCUUUGAACGGGGUAUGGUAGUAGGUGCUAAGCGCAUUGGUUUGAGUGUGUCAAGAACUGCAACGCUGCUGGGUUUUUCACGUUCAACAAUUUCCCCUCUGUAUCAAGAAUGGUCCACCACCCAAAGAACAUCCAGCCAACUUGACACAACUGUGGGAAGCAUUGGAGUCAACAUGGGCCAGUAUCCCUGUGGAAUGCUUUCGACCCCUUGUAGUCCAUGCCCCGACGAAUUGAGGCUGUUCUGAAUGGAAAAGGGGGGUGCAACGUAAUAUUAAGGUGUUCCUAAUGUUUUGUACACUCAGUGUAUAAGACAUGUAAAAUGUGUCAAAUUGCAGGAAAUUAGCUUUAAAACUGCCAUUGUUUUCUCUCUGCCAACAAGAGGGAUGUGAACAGUUUGGGUUUGCAUGGGUUGCGAGGUGGGGGUUUGUUACUACGCCGAUAAAAUGACAAUAUCCAUCCGGACCUUUGCCCCCUAGAACAUUUGUGUUACCUGACCUUCUCAAAUAGUAUUUGAGUACCCCUGACCUACUGUAUUAUGGUAAUUGAAAACAGUAGAGAAAGCCUUCCUAUAUUGUCCCCUCUGGGUGUGUAUAGCACAGUAGAGAAAGCCUUCCUAUGGUGUGUAUAGUUCAGUUUCCGAGGCAAGGGCCCUGGAGCUGGCUGAGGUGGAGGAGUUAGAGACAAAGCUCAACCAGUGGGCUGUGUCGGCCAACCCUGAGCACGGGCAGGAUAACGGCGAGGCCAGGGUGUACGGGGACAUCCAGCAUAGUGUGCAGUGCUACCUGGAGGCCUGUGUAUGCUGUGGGAACAUCGACCGAGCGCACCGCUCCUGUUCAGCCACCACCGCAUGA